AUGUUCGGUAGCGCAGAGAUGUCGGUUGAGAGCUUUUUGCCUAAUGGGAAAUCAGUGGAGCAUUUGUCCCUGGCGGAUGGGGAAUCUUUCGAUCCAGUGGCGGUGGUGGCGGAGCCGGUGCCAGCGGUGGUCGAAUCGGACGGCGCGGUUGGGGAGAAGGUACGGGAGAUAGUCAUGGGCAGGAACGUGCACACCACGUGUCUGGAGGUGACAGAGCCUGAAGCGGACGAUGAGUUCACCGGCGAUAAGGACGCGUACAUGGCCAGUGUGUUGGCGAGACUGUUGUCAGGAUUUCAUUGUGUCCGACUGUUAUCUUUCCCAUUUUCCACAGGAUAUCCAUACAAUUUGGACUUCGACUAUGGUGCACUUUCCCAGUUGCAGCACUUCUCAAUAAACAACCUUGGAGAUCCUUUUAUUGAAAGCAAUUAUGGCGUGCACUCGAGACAAUUUGAAGUGGGUGUUCUGGAUUGGUUUGCCCGUCUUUGGGAAAUCGAAAAGACUGAUUACUGGGGAUACAUAACAAACUGUGGAACUGAGGGAAACCUUCACGGCAUCCUUGUCGGGAGAGAGGUGUUUCCUGAUGGAAUUUUAUAUGCUUCGAAGGAGUCCCAUUACUCUUUGUUCAAAGCUGCAAGAAUGUACCGAAUGAGCUGCGUAAAAAUUGCAACCUUGGUCACUGGAGAGAUUGACUGCGCGGAUUUUAAAAAGGCGCUUCUUUCUAACAAGGACAAACCAGCUAUCAUCAAUGUCAACAUUGGAACUACUGUGAAAGGGGCUGUCGAUGAUCUCGAUCUUGUCAUACAGACACUCGAGGAAUGUGGAUUUUCUCAAGAUAGGUUUUACAUCCAUUGCGAUGGCGCUCUGUUUGGGCUCAUGAUGCCCUUUGUCAAAAAGGCCCCAAAAGUCUCGUUCAAGAAGCCCAUCGGGAGUGUCAGCGUGUCGGGCCACAAGUUUGUUGGCUGCCCCAUGCCAUGUGGGGUCCAGCUCACGCGGCUCAAUCACAUCAAUGCCCUCUCGAGCAACGUCGAGUAUCUCGCCUCCCGAGAUGCUACCAUUAUGGGCAGCCGCAAUGGACAUGCACCAAUCUUCCUUUGGUACACUCUCAAUCGUAAGGGCUACAAAGGCUUCCAGAAGGAGGUGCAGAAAUGCCUUCGAAACGCGCACUACCUCAAAGACCGUCUCGUUCAAGCCGGGAUUAGUGCCAUGCUCAACGAGCUCAGCAGCACCGUAGUUUUCGAGCGGCCGCGUGACGAGGAGUUUGUUCGCCGCUGGCAGCUGGCGUGCGAGGGGAACAUGGCCCACGUGGUGGUGAUGCCUAGCGUGACAGUCGAUAAAUUGGAUUAUUUUUUGAAGGAGUUGAUUGAGGGGCGUUCGGGUUGGUAUAAGAAUGGGAGUUGCGAUCCGCCAUGCAUGGCGGCAGAUAUCGGGAGUGAGAACUGUUGUUGUGCUGUUCACAAGUGA